UGAUGGAGAAGCAAUUGCAAAUUCUGAAUGCAGUUAGAGGAUCUGAGGAGGCAGAGUGCCUGGACCUCGCCUAGGCUGUGUCUCUGACUCAUUUCUGACUUCAGGCAAGUUCCUUCAAUGGGAAAAAUGGCAAAGACGUUCAGUUUCAUCCUCCUCACCACUGCUCUAGUAAUGGUCAGGGAAAGCUGGGCCCUUGAGGAGGACUGCCUCCAGGAGCAGGCACGGCUCAGAGCCCAGGUGCACCUGCUUGAGACCCGGGUCAAACAGCAGAAGGUCAAGAUCGUGCAGCUUUUGCAAGAGAAGGAAAUCCAGUUCCUCGAUAAAGGAGAAGAGAAUAGUGUCAUUGACCUUGGAGGCAAGAGGCAAUAUGCAGAUUGUUCAGAGAUUUUCAAUGAUGGUUUUAAGCAGAGUGGAUUUUACAAAAUCAAACCACUCCAGAGCCCAGCAGAAUUCUCUGUUUAUUGUGACAUGUCUGAUGGAGGAGGAUGGACUGUAAUUCAGAGACGAUCUGAUGGCAGUGAGAAUUUUAACAGAAAUUGGAAUGACUAUGAAAAUGGCUUUGGAAAUUUUGUCCAAAAAAAUGGUGAAUAUUGGCUGGGUAAUAGAAAUCUUCACGUACUGACCACACAAGGAGACUACACCUUAAAAAUUGACCUUGCGGAUUUUGAAAAAAAUAACCGUUAUGCACAAUAUAAAAAUUUCAAAGUUGGAGAUGAAAAGAAUUCCUAUGAUUUGCAUAUUGGGGAAUAUUCUGGAACAGCUGGAGACUCCCUUGCAGGGAAUUUUCAUCCUGAGGUACAAUGGUGGGGUAGUCACCAGAGGAUGAAAUUCAGCACAUGGGACAGAGAUAAUGACAACUACGAAGGGAACUGUGCGAAAGAGGAUCUGUCUGGCUGGUGGUUUAACAGGUGUCACUCUGCAAACCUGAAUGGUUUAUACCACACUGGCCCCUACACGGCUAAAACUGACAAUGGGAUUGUCUGGCACACCUGGCAUGGAUGGUGGUAUUCUUUGAAAUCUGUGGUUAUGAAAAUUAGACCAAAUGAUUUUAUUCCAAAUAUUGUUUAAUUGUCCCUGCUGGGCUUUCAUUUCAGCAGCUCAUCUUGGUUUAAGUGAUUUGAAAAAUAGCAAUUUGGAAUGUUCACAUGUGUGAUUAUGUUGAUUGUUAUAUGCACUGCUUUUCGUUCUUAACUGCCUUUAUCACUUAAUGUACUUUCAGUACAGCAAAUAUAUGAUAGUCACCAAAUAAAUGUAGAUAAUGUUAAUACUUA